GUUCCCGCACUGUGGCUCACUAUGAAGCAAUCUCUUUUAAUCGGUGCUUUUGUGCUGUGUGUGCCGCGUGUGAAUUUUUCGGAGCGACGACCAAAAUUAACUUGGCAAUCGCUCAGAUUGGCAGUUUCUGGCCGCCCCUCAUCCGAUAAGGAUUCAAUUUUUAUAUCCUUAUGUCCGGAAAGGAAACCAGCCUUAACUCUCAGUGUGGUGCAGUAUACACUUCGUUAACAAUGCCGAAGACCAGCAGCAAUCGAAAGCAUUACACCGCCAUUACCGUGACAUUGGUGGCUCAAUUAAUCAUGGUUGGUUUAUUCUUCAUGUUCGCCAAGUACGCUCCUGGUGCGGAUGAACCCGAUGGAAAGCAAGGAGGAAACCUUCAUAAUGAUAUUGAUGAACACUAUAGCAUGUUCCAAGAUGUCCACGUCAUGAUAUUCGCCGGUUUCGGCUUUCUCAUGACGUUCUUGCGAAAAUAUGGAUUUAGUGCUGUUGGUUUUAACUUCUUGCUGGCGGCGAUGAUGAUACAGUGGGCGAUAUUGUGCAAUGGCUUCUUCAACCUGGACGAAAACACGAAAAUACCGCUAAGCAUUGAAAGUCUACUAAAGGCAGAUGUUGCGUCUGCGGCCGUACUAAUUUCAAUGGGAGCACUACUCGGAAAAACAUCAUAUAUACAACUUCUAGUGAUGGGAGUGAUCGAGAUCGCAGUUUUCAGCUCGAACAUGUACUUGGGAUCUGAAUUUUUCAAGGUGUCUGAUGCUGGUGGUUCAAUAUUUGUACACGUUAUGGGGGCUUACUUUGGGCUCGGCGUAAGUUACGUACUUUGCAGAAAUAAAAAGGGCUCCGAAGUUCAGAACACGUUAGAAGGUUCGAGUUAUACCUCGGAUUUGUUUGCGAUGAUCGGAACCAUCUUUCUGUGGAUGUUCUGGCCAAGUUUCAACGCAGGUGAAGUUGAAGGAGACGACAGGCACAGAGCGGUCAUCAACACAUAUUUAGCGUUAGCGUCUUGUUGCGUCACGGCUUUUGCCGUUUCAGCAAUUUUCACACCGGGCCACAAAUUCGACAUGGUUCACAUACAAAAUUCCACAUUAGCAGGUGGUGUUGCUGUCGGAACGGCAGCCAACAUGAUGGUGCAACCUUACGGUGCUGUGAUAAUCGGAAUUGUGGCCGGUGCGCUCUCUGUGCUAGGGUAUGCUAAAUUGACGCCAUUAAUUAAUAGUAAACUGAACAUUCACGACACGUGCGGGGUGCACAAUCUGCACGGAAUGCCAGGGGUACUGGCAGGAUUGAUCGGCGCUCUAAUGGCCAGCAUUGCUACAGAAGAUACCUACCACCAUGGCUUGUACGAGAUUUGGCCGGCUCGUGCCCCAACAACAGCCCAACACACCCCAGAAGUGGGCAGUCCAAUUAUCGGCGAUGGCCGAUCGGCUUCAGUACAAGCGGGCUACCAACUUCUGGCAGUCGUGGUAACUCUGCUAAUCGCCAUAAUCGCCGGAGUUAUUACAGGCCACAUAUUAACCGAAGACAUCACAUCACCAUUGAGACGAAAAGACGAUUUUCUAGAUGUAUUGUAUUGGAGGAUACCGGACGAUGAUAAACUUCCACUUCAGGAAGUAAAGUUCGGCCCCAUUUUUAAAGUACAACCCCUUCAAAAGUUCUCAAUCACUUCUGAAACUGCGGAUUCAUUAUACUCUCACCAGUUGUAACGCGUAUAAGUCCAGAAAAUAGAUACGACGACGCUCUCUCGUGGCACCUUCCUGAUGAAGAGCACGCGGAGCCAUCUCCAUACGCUCACGAUACCGAGUUGAAUGGCUCCAAGCACGAAUCUCCAAGUGUUCUUGUUAUUGAA